CAUCCCCCUUCUUCUUCCUCGCUCCAGUUCCCCAAACCUCCCAGCGCUCCUCCCUCCUCAGCCUCCCGGCGCAUCUCCGGCAUGGCCCGCACCAAGCAGACGGCGAGGAAGUCCACCGGCGGCAAGGCGCCGAGGAAGCAGCUGGCCACCAAGGCCGCGCGCAAGUCCGCCCCGGCCACCGGCGGCGUGAAGAAGCCCCACCGCUUUCGCCCCGGCACCGUUGCGCUCCGGGAGAUCCGCAAGUACCAGAAGAGCACGGAGCUGCUCAUCCGCAAGCUCCCCUUCCAGCGCCUCGUCCGCGAGAUCGCCCACGACUUCAAGACCGACCUCCGCUUCCAGUCCUCCGCCGUCUCCGCCCUGCAGGAGGCCGCCGAGGCCUACCUCGUCGGGCUCUUUGAGGACACCAACCUCUGCGCCAUCCACGCCAAGCGCGUCACCAUCAUGCCCAAGGACAUCCAGCUCGCCCGCCGCAUCCGUGGCGAGAGGGCCUAGGCUGCAACCCAUGCUUGGCGUGUUAGAUCCCUAAUAGGCAUCGGUGGAAAUCUGUGUGCUACUAGUGUUUCAGAAUGUGUCUGUGUUGUUCUUGUCAUGUGUCUAAUCUGAUGGUACCCUCUUGUUGCCAUCAGCAAUGGAAAUGAAAAUGUUGGCUUCCUGUUCGCAUU